UCGAACGAAAAUGGCGGCCGCUGGCGGGUCCAGCCAAUAAGCGCCGAGAACGGGGUCAGGUGGGCGCGGUCGGUGCCUGGGAGGCUGCUGGUGUCAUGGUGCUGUCCUGCUCGGCUUAUGGCUGCAAGAACCGGUUUCCCCUGAAGCGACCGGAGCUUUGUAAGAAGUGGCUGGAUGCAGUAAGAAGACGGAAUUUUAUACCCACCAAAAAUAGCAAUUUGUGCUCAGAACAUUUCACAUUGGACUGUUUUAGAAAGAACUGUAACAAUAAAAUACUGGAAGAAAAUGCUGUACCAUCCAUAUUCUGCUUUACUCGACCAAAUCAACAGUCAAAGAAGUUAGAAAUGGCAUUACCAAGUGACCAACAUCGUGCAGCAGAGGAAAUUAUGGAGGAAUCGGAACUGAAUCAAGCGCAUGGACUCUUAACUGUUUAUGACCAUAGCUACAGUGUUGGAGAUGCGUGCUUACAAAAGAAGAAGAUUCAGCAGUUGGAGGAACAAAAUGAGAAACUGAAGAAGAAACUGAAAUUCUUACAGCAAAAGUCUCGUCGCCAAGAACAACGAUUACAGAGAAUGAAGAAGCUAUUGCAAGAACUUAAUACACGAGAGAUAUUGUCACACCAAAACUGUGUGCUGUUAAACAAUACUUUGUAUGAAGUAAUUAAAGUUUAAAUGUAAUUUGUUUACCAGUAUCACAUUUGUUGCAUAGUAUAGAAUCAACUUUUAUUACCCGAGGUUGAGUUAGGGGUUUAAGUAAAAAUUCCUCAAGGUUGGUUGUGGGGAAAUUGUUUAUAAUGUAGAAAUAAGAACAAUUUACCAAAUUGGAUGUAUUAUGGAUGUGGUGAACUGCAGAUAACAGAACAAGCAGACCAGUAACAGGAAUAUGUGGCAUUGUACCAAAAUUCUAGUAUGUCCAAAAAAACAAGUGAUGAAAUUGGCAAAGUAUUAGUGUGUAUAAGAAGGACCCCACUGAUCUUGGGCAACGGAGGAUCACUAUUAUUAUCACAAUGAGUGAUAGCAAUAAAUUUAAACUCUGUACCAAAAGAGAGAAAUUACAGGUCUGGUAAGGUUUUUCAAGCACUUAUUCAGUUACCCCAAGAGGGGUACUGUGUACAGUUCUGAUAAUACUGUAGUGAAGCAGAACAUAGUGAAGGCAGCUUAACUAAUUAUGGAAGGACUGGAUAUGAGCUGAGAGGAACUAGUGGGAGAAAAAGUGGGAAUUUUUAUGCCGCAAAAUAGGUUGGCGAUUUACUCUUAUUAGAGUUUCUCAACUAAACCCAAAUAAAUUGCGCAAAACCCACGGUGUGGCUAGUUGUCCCACUAGGAAAAGACAAUUGAUCACAAAUUAGAUUUAACCACAUUGACAGAGAAUACAAAGAACAUGGCUACAGAAAGUGGCAUCAGAAUAGCACCAAUGUUUUUGCCCAUAAACAACCAAACUAAUAUUUACAUCUUUCUUACCAUAUUAUUUCAAGCAAUUAACAAUUUAUAAACUAUUCCAAUUGAUUUGUGGCAGAGAAUGUCACAUUUUAACCACACUCUAGCUUUUAUCUUGAAUUUGUAAGCUUUAGCAUACUCUGAGCUGUGGAAAUGGUCCAUGAUUACCCUUAUAAUCAUUUAACUACUGCACCAGGUUACCAUAUAAUCUUUUAUGGGGGCAAAAAAGACUCUUGGGGGGGAUCCCACUUUCAAAUUUUUGUAACUGUAAACCCUCAUCCAUCUUCCAUCAUGUUAAAUAUAUGCUACAAGUUUCCAAUGUUCUUGUAUCCUUUCAAUAUAAUGGUUUGUCCAAAAUUAUAAACACCAUUUGAAUUGUAGCCUUAAGGUCUUCUGGUUUGCUAUUACAUCCCAUUUGUACUUUAUUUCAAGGUACAGAACCAAGAAUUGCCUUUGCAUGCCUUAAUAGCCUUAAUUAUUUGCACCGAAGUUUAACAGCUGAACUCAAAUGAACCUCAUUUGAAUUUUGCCCUUCAAAUUGGGUUUCUUUUCUACUGUUUUAAGAAAGCAAAAGAGAUUGUUUGUAUUUAAACUUUGGAAUGGCACUAAUCCUUUGUCCUCUAAUGUUUUAACCAAAUUUUGUAAAGCUAUAAGACAUAUAUGCAACCAUCUUUGCACAAUUAGCUGACAUCUGAUUAUUUUGGCAUCAUAUUUCUAUUAAAUUAUAAUCCUGUGUAGCAUGUGGGUCCAUGGACAGAGUUGCAGAAUUUGGUUUUAUGUUGGUCGACAUCCAGAAGUACCCAUGCAAUAAAAAUUGUGUGGCUUUUUCUAUAGCCACAAUGAAUGUUCUAAAUAAUUCAUGUACGUGGUAUGAAAGAGCAAUUGGGGUUGUUAAUUGUAAAAGACAGGAUCCUGAGGGCCUGAAUGUUUGUAAUGUGGUUUUUGUGUUUUUGGUUUUUUUUAAGCAAACUUUUCUCUUGCAUUGCAAACUUUUCACUUGAUAUCUAAAUGAAUAAUAGCAAGACUUAUGAAUCAACAUUGAAUCCUUGAAUUAUACACAAGCUACUGGAAUGUGUAAUUUGCUACCUCUUUGAAAAGAGGGCUGGUAAAACACAUUCACCAACUCAGCUAGCUGUGAACUACUAUAGUUUUACAUGGGAUAAAUAGUCGUGAUCAAAUGUAUGUAAAUAAUGAUCUUUAAGCAUUAGUUAAUUUAUAGUAGGCUCAUUUUGGUUUCCUUCUCUGGUUAGGCUGAUAACACUUGAAUAAAACUUAGCAGUACUACUGUUAGGUAAAAUGACAUGUUUGCCCAAGGACUGCCAAUGUAAUUCUACAAAAACAAGUUUACUAGUUUACUAUAGGGAUAAUGGUAGCACAGUGAUUAUGUUACUAGACUAUUAAUCCAGAAGUGUGUUCAAAUCAUGCCACAGGAAUAAAGAAUUUAAAUUUGGUUAACUAAGUAAAUUUGGAAUAAAAAGCUAGUAUGAAAUUAGUGGAUUGACAUCAAAGUCAUCUUGUUUAUUAAAGUCCUUUUAAGGUAGGAAAAACUUGCAGUUCUUGCCCAGUCUGGUUUUUGUGACUGGCCUGGCAGUAAUGUGGUUGACUCAGUUGCCCUAUGAAAUGACCUAGUGGGCCAUUUAUUUUAAGGGCAAUCAGGAAAGGUCAAUUGGGGACGGGCAAUAAAUACUACACCAGUGAUAGCAAUAUUUAGAACUGAAACAAAUAAAUCUUGUAGCUACAGACAAUCAACAACCUCUUCAAAAGAUCUCAAAUUGCUGUCUCAAAAAAACGGAUGUCUCAAGGUGUGAAAUAGUUCUAAUGCAAUUUUAGAUGAUAUUUGGGGGUCCCUGUUUAAGGUGGUAGGUUCCUUCCAUGUGCCAUUGAGUGCCUCAUUUCUCUGAAAAUUGGUUGGUGCUGAGUAGAGAAUAUGUGUGGGCAUUCUCUACUCAUGUUUUCAGCAGAUGGUGUAACAACCUGUAGAUUCCAACAAAGGUUAUUUUUACUUUGUUUUGUUUUAAUGUAUAUGGAAUUGGAAGACCAGGAGUGUUUCUCCCAGUUACAUAUUCUCCUGUGGAAAGCAGUCAGCUCUCUUGCCCAUGGGUCUCUGGGUAGGUAAUAGCUCCAAGCUGGCCCUGAACAGACAGUUAAGCAGCCUCUGGAUGUUUAAUUGAUAUUAUUCCUAAUGAAAUAUGCUGAAGAAGUUUGAACCUUAAUUUUGAGCAAGUUUUGGGUGUGAGCGAGGGCAUGUUUCAGUUCUGCAUGGUCCAAACAUUUUCUUCGAAGUAUCCUUAUGAGAAGGUUUGCUAGUAAAGACUAUGUAUGUUACUGUUCAUAUAUGUAGUUGGUUGUGGUACAUUUUAUUCUCAUUGUGUGAUGGAUGUACAUUAAUUCAUUUUUAGUGGGAAGUUUAAAUGUAAAGGAAGAAUGCAAUAUUUUGUGCAUUAGUUGUGGAUGUUGACUCUGCAUUUAUUUAAGAGGCUAUUUCUAUUCUUAAUAUCUUGAUGCUACCUUGAUGUUGUUGUCCCUAUCAGCAAUGGUGUAAUAUAGAAUUACUCCUUGAUAUUCUGGCUUUAGACAUCAGUAUUCACCAUUUAGGUAAAUAUUUUUUCUUGUGAAAUGUUGGCUAAGUACAAUGGGAUGAGGACACAGCCUCAGUUCAAGUAGUUCUCAAUCCUUCUAAAUAGGGUAAAUAAACUGGGAAUUCGGUGAAGGUUAAAAUUGCCACUGAGAUGUUGGGAUAGAGAUUAGUUUUUCAUUUUACUUUGAACUAUUCCCUAGACUAUUUUUAAGAAAAUGGAUCUAUAUUUGAGGCAUAGAAAAACUCAGUGCAGUGGGAAGAUCUGGUAAUAUGGUGGCAUCAUUCUAAGAUUUAGUAAAGAUUUGGCACAGAUAUAAUGGGCUGAAUGACCUGUACUGUAAAUUCCUGUGCUUCAUUUUGUUUGGAUGGUUAUUGUAAUUUGUCACCAUCAUCCUCUGCCUCCUAUUACCAAGCUAGUUUGCCUUGAAUCUUAUGGAUUAUAAUCUUCUGGAUCAGUCUUCCAUGUGGGUCCUUGUGUAAGGCCUCACUGAAGUCCAUAGAGGCUACAGUGACCACACUGCUGUCUUCAAUUGACUUUUGUUACCUCGUCCAAAAAAAAAGUUGAUCAGAUAGGAUCUCCCAUAAUAAAGCCAUUCUAUCUUUGAUUCAUCUCUGCUUUCCAAGUUUGGAUUAAUCCUGUCCCUGGGGCUUUCUUCAAUAAUUUCCUUACCACUGAUGUUGGACUCACAGGCCUAUAAUUACCUAGCUUAUCCCUGUGUCCUUUUUGAAUAAAAGUACCAUAUUUGCUGUCCUCUAGUCACCUGGUACCCCUGCUGCAGCCAGAGAAGAUUAAAAAAUCUGUCAGAGCCCCAACAAUUUCCUUCCUUUCCCCCACAUCUUUUAUUAAAUGUUAACUUGUUCCAGAAGUUCACAGCCCCCCCCCUUGAAUUCUCCAAUUACAAAGUCUGUCUGUGAAUAUAAAUGCAAGUAUCCAUUUAAGACCUUGCCUACAUACUAUGGCUCUACUUAGAGAUUACUCUUUGGUCUCUAAUGGGCUCUUUUCUUUCCCUGGUUACUCUCCUGCUCUUCAUGUACUUAAAUAUACUUAGGGAUUCUCCUUAAUCUUGUCUGCCGGUGAUACUGUAUACUCCCUCUUUGCCCUCCUAAUUUUUUUAACACUUUGUUGUUGGGCUUUGUCCCUUUUCAUUUCCCUAUAUCUGCCACGUGAUUCUUUUUUUUUAUCUUAUCCUUUAUCCCUUGACAUCCAGGGUUUCUUUGGGUGGCACAGUGGUGCAGUUAGAGACCUGGGUUCAAUCCUGACCUCGGCUACUGUCUGCGUGGAAUUUGCAUGUUCUUUCUGCGUGGGUUUCCCCGGGUGCUCAGGUUUCUUUCCAGAUCCCAAAGACGUGGGUUAGUAGGUUAAUUGGUUACUGCCGGCAGAGAUGGUGGAGGCAGAUACAUUAGGGACAUUUAAGAGACUCUUAGAUAGGCACGAAUGAGAGAAAAAUGGAGGGCUAUGUCGGAGGGAAGGGUUAGAUAAAUCUUUGAGCAGGAUAAAAUGUCAGCACAACAUCAUGGGCCGAAGGGCCUGUACUGUGCUGUAAUGUUCUAUGUAAAUUGCCCCCAGUGUGAAGUUGAGUGGUAGAAUCUGGGAGGAGUUGCUGAGAAUGUUGAGAGAAUAAAAAAUGGGAUUAACGUAGGAUGUUGUAAGUGAGUGGUUGAUGAUCAGCACAGACUCAUUGGGCUGAAAGGCCUGUUUCUGUGCUGUAUGUUUCUAUGACUUGGUGCCCUUGCCUUUCACCCCUGUGGGAGCACUGACCCUGAACUCUCACUUUUGAAUAACUCCCGCUUGUCAGAUGUAGACUUACCUGCAGGUUGCUGCUCCCAGUCUACUUUUACCAAGUCCUGUCUUAUAGUAGUGAAAUCUGCCUUCCCCCAAUUCAGGACUUUAAUAUCCUAUCCAUCAUUAUACUUUUCCAUAAGCACCUUGAAAUUUAGAGUUAUGGUCACUAUCUCCAAAAUUCUCUCCCCAGCACUCUAGUCACUUACCUGGCUCCAUUCCAUAAGAUUAGCUCAUGUACUGCCUUCUUCAGUAGUGGUUCAAAAAGUUCCCUGGACUCCACCCCUUCUAAUCCUUUCAGAUUAGGGUGAUUUCUGUUAACAUUGGUAAAGUUGAAAUGCUCUAUUACUGAAAUACUAUUAUUCUUGCACCUUUCUAUGAUGUGCCUUCAUAUUUGUUCCUCUACAGGUCCUCCCUGGGUUACAAAUACCCAAUUUAUGUGUAGCCUGAACAUAUGAACGAGUGUCUGGGAGACUGGUGGAAUGGAUUUGCUGGCAGCUGGGGGGCUGCCACCUGGGAACUUGGUUCCUGGGUUACGAACAGUUCACCAGAACUCUGCUGUAAACUGGGGAGGACCUGUAUCUACCUGACUUAGACUAUUAAUUUCUCUUACAAGCUAACCUUCUCUGCAUGGACAUGUUCUCUCUUCCACCCUGCUUCCCCUUCAUUUUCAAUAUAUAUGAACUUUGAAUAAUUGACAUACUAAAACAGAAUCUGAAUAUGUAUCUCAUUAAUCUAAUGUUCUUGAUUAUGCCUAUUACAGCUAUAUAAGAAGAUUGACACUUGGGAUAUAAAUGUAAGGUAUAGAAUAACCUGAUAUUACCAAAGUAUUUAUGUAUUAGGUCAUGCCUUCAUCUUAAAAAAAGGAUAAUGGAAUUGAGAAGUAAUACUCAGAUGUCCAAGCAGUUCCCUGAUUCAGCAGAAUUGAGUCUAGGCAGGUCAAGAUGCUACUUUUCCUUAAAUGUAAACAUGCUUGUGCAAAAAUGGGUGGCGUUGAUAGUCUGACAGAAUAGUGUGGAAGAUAGUGUGCUGGAGUCACUGCUAUUCUCAGGACAUGGGUAAAUAUGUGCUCUCUGUAAUUGACUGUGCUACUAAUAAAUUUAUUG